AUGACAUCAACAUCGUGAGGAGGGAAAUUGUGCAGAACGUCACCAGAAGCACGAAACUGAGACGUCUAGGCUUCCUUCCGCGCAUUACCGCGACUGUGGUUCUGGUGUGCUUGUUCCAUGCCUGCUGUGCCUUGGAGGAAGAGAAGUCCGUCCCUGUUGCCAUCAACAACGCUCUUGCCCUAGCUGGAAAAGUACGGAACUACUUCGGUAAGCCCUCGGAGGCGCAAUCGCACAAGAAAACAGUAACAGAAGAUGAAGAGCCAGUGUUAGCGAGAAAGUUGGACGACAUGAAGAAGCCGACACCUGCGUCAAAGAAACGAGAUGAAGUGCCCCAAAAAGCGAAAAGUGACAAAACGAAGCAAACUAGAAAGUGGCUUCUGUUGCUUGCUUUUACCUGACGUGGUGCGUGUAUCUGCUCAACACUCGUGGUACGGAAAAUUCCAAACGCUCUCAGCAAUGCCAAUCGACUCAUGCGGGUCCACCACAAGUGUGACUGUUUCAAAAGAUCGCUUAAGAGUAUGUCGGUUGUUGGAAUCUACUUUCACUACUGACGCCGACGACCAGGAGAGUUUUUUCUGAAACAAAGGAUAGAUCGCAGCUUUGGAUGUUUUCCGUUGGUGUACAAGUGAAGGCUAGAACUCGCGCAAAGUUUGUGUGCAAUUGUAUAGCCAUCUAUCUCCAAGUAGGUGAACGCGAAAAUAGAUUCAAGGUACUCGCUUGCUGAGUAAUUGAAAAGUGAAAGCUUUUGGGUGUUUGAUUAACGUUAGUUUUUUGAACAGAAGAAAUACAAAUAGUUGAUUUUUUGAACGUUCCACCGAGCAAGUUACAGACAAAGAAUAAGUAAGAAAGGAAAAGGAAUGAAGUGGUUUUGCCUGCAAGCAUUAAGGUUCAAAGUAAAGAAGUAAAUAAGUGAGUGGGUAAAAGAAUAGAGAAAAAGAACGAAGGUCGUCCUGCAUUAAUUAAGCCAUGGUCUUCCAUAUGCUGCAUUUCACCACUAAAAUCUAAAUCAAAGACAUACGUAAUUAAAUAUUUUACAACAUGCUCAUGGCGGAACAGAGUAGGAGGGGACGCAUGACGACGAAGUUGAUCGUCUCUGUCUGAGUAAUGCUCUGCUCUCCUUAACGAGAACGAGGACCGAAGAGGUAAAGAAUAAGAAACUGGAGAGGCUUGAGACAGUAGGAGCGUGCCCCAAUAUGGCACGACUACACUCAUUGCCCUCCCUUUCCACUGAAGUCAUUGACUGACCAUCUUUCUUGUGCAGGGCCGGCGUUUGAGUCAAG